UGCUUAUACACUCAUAAACUACCAACAGACUUUGACACAAAUGACUUUUUUGUUUUUUUCUUUGCAGCCAUAGCUGAUGUUUAUAGGAAUGAGGGUAAUGAGGCCUUUAAGAAAGGAGAUUUCAUCAAUGCCAUUCAUUUUUACACCAAAGGACUUAAAAUAAACUGCAAUGAGAAAGAACUGAAGGCCAAACUGUACAACAACAGGGCUAUAGCACAUUUUAAACUUGGUAAGAUGAUUAGAACUUUAAAAUUCAUUUUUUUUUUCUCUUUUGAAGCUAAGGGCUGUCAGUAGUAGUUUUCUGAAAAAGAUGAUAAUUUUAAUUGUAUGCCCAAAAAGAAAUUCUCUGGAAACAUUUAUGCCUUAUCUUGGCCUCAAACAUAAAAAGAAGUAACCUCUUACCCCAGAUAUCAAUGAGCAUUACAAGUUUUUCCUAAGAUUAAUGUAAAGGUGGUGGGUUUGCCAUAAGCACAGUUAAUCAGAGAUAUUGAUUUUCAAAACAGGAAAUCACCAGGACUCAAGAAGAGAUGCAGAAGCAGCCAUUGAGUUAAAUCCAACUUUCCUCAAGGCAAUUGUGAGAGGUUAGAUAAGUUAGCUGUGCUAUAGAAGAAAAAAAAAAGAAGAACUCAUCACUUUAAGGAUAGAUGAAGUUUAAAAUCAGGUCUCAAUUGACUUUAAUUAAGAGGUGGAGACCACCCUGAUGUACAUUUGAAUCCAGCUCUUGACUACUGUGCCAUGACUUUCCAGUAUGAUGAGAAUAUUAUUUUGAGUUGAAUUCAUUGCUGAAUUGCAAAUGCAAUGUAAAAUUUCAGCAUGAGUAUUUUAGUUUCCUUUUACGCAGUGAGUGAGUAGUGGUGUCAGAUGUAUGUUUAGUCACCAUCUAGCUAUUUUGGAAAGAAGUAGGAACUUAAUGCAAAAUUGUAAGGAAACUUUCCUCUUUCAUCAAAUAUAACUCAACUUCAAGUGCUAUACUGCAUGUAAUAAUAAUGUAGCUAAAGAGAUGGCAUGAGUAUCUUAUUCUGGGUGAACUUCAAACCCUAGUUCAGGUCACUUCCUAAUCAAUUAUCAACUGAUUGAGUAAAUCAAAUAUGUUUAUUUAACUCAAACCAGAGGGUAAAUAGUAUUGACAUAAUAUCAAAUAAAAUUUUUUGCAUUGUAUUUUGAUUAAAGUGAAAUUUGACCUAGUUCCAAAAAGGUUAACUGAAAAAUAUACCAUUUAAAAAAUUUUUAAAAAAUGGGUGUCAUUUUUCUGUUUUCACCAUAUGUCUUUUAUUCAAUAUCUUUAUUUUAGUGAUUUUGUGGGAAUUGUCAGUCCCUAUUAAAAUGUUCUUUAAGAAGUUUCAAUUAUCAAAAGCUAAUCUAACUAAAACCUAAUAGGGCCUGUUUAUUCUUUCCCAUUAAGUUUUUUUGUUUCGUUUUGUUUUGUUUUUUUUCUUCUGGUCAGUAAUGAGUUAGCUUUCAAUCAGGUUUAUACUUGUUUGUGUUGUUGCUUGCAGGAGCCACUGCCUGUGUUGAAUUGGAGAGAUUUGAAGAAGCAAUCACUUGGUGUGAUAAGGGAUUAGCUGUAUCCUUUGAAGGAAUCUCAAAUUUUUAAACAUGGGUAAUGGAAAUAUUCCAUAAUUUGACGUUUUAAGGGAGAAAAUACAAAGAAGGGUAUUAAAUAUGAUGGGAACUUGUCAGCUCAUACUUUAAGUGUGUUUUUUUAAAAACAUGGGAAAAGUUCAUACCUCCUGACUUAAUAGUGAUAUACUCCUUUUAGCCAUGACUAAGUCAUAGUAUUCAUGCCACAACUGGUACAUUAGUUUAGUGAAAAGACUAAUAUUCAGCCAGUCUAUACAUAGUACGUGGGUAGAUGAUCUCUCUGAAACAAGAUGGAAAGAGAAGCUUGGUAAUGUUUAUAUGUAUUAUGCUGAUUUUCUUUCCUUUAAAUUUUUUUCUACCACUCACAGACUCCUAAACUUUCAUUGCAUUUUCCUAUGGACAAAUACAACUUUUAAAGGCACAUAUUAGUGUUGUAAACUCAUUUCUUCCACUGCUGUAAGACAUUUGUCUGAUGUUAAAGCUACAUUAAUUUAAAAAUUGAGCAAGUGCUUCCCAGUUUUUGUAAACAAAGAAUUAUAUCUACCAUAUUUAUUCGACUAUAAGCCGAGCGAUUUUUACACAAAUUAAAACUGAAGUGAAUUAAAAUUUGGGCUCUAGAGGGAGUCUCAGCUUAUAGCCGAGAGUUUAAAAAAAAAAGUUUCCAGCGCAUGGAAUCUCUAGUUAAUCGGGAUUUAUUUACUUAUAAGCUGAGCUCAAGUAAAGAAAUACAAUAUGCAAUUGUUGUUUUGGUGCGAAGGCUGACGGAAUGGCGGCGCUUCCAUUUCUCGUACCAGCCGAGAGACGCUGUAAACUCAGGAUCCUCGCUGAAUUGUUUUGCCUUUAAACGUAGCAUCAAUCCACCUAGCAGCCAUUCCUGUGCAAAACGAAGAGAGAAGGUUACUAAAUGAUCCAAAGGUUAAAAGUUAGUCACGUCUUGAAUUUGUUUUGACACUUGCGAAAACUGGCCAAUGAGAAUCUUUCAUACACAAUGUUGUCACAUGAUACUACGAUAGUUUUGAGAGUCGCACAUUCAACACACAUUCACUCUGCAAUCAGCUGAUUGAGUUAUCUCGUGAUCGUUUAUCUGUUGUUUUAAAAUACAAAAUCAAUGCUCGACAAAAAUCUUACCUUGGAUCCUCUGCCCUGUAAACCAUUCCAGUAUUCUUUGAUCGAGCUCCGAAUACUUCGGCGUGAAGCAUUCCAUCGUCUUCCGUUUCGCUCACGGAGCGAAGAUCUUUUUAAAAAGGUUCGCUCGAUCUUUCCUCCAGCGACGGACCGUGGACUCACUGAUGCCAUAUUCUCAGGCGAUUUCAGAGUUAUUUUCAACAGCUUCUGCUACGGUGACUAUUCUAAGUUUAAACGUGAGGUUGUAUGACAUGCGACGAGCCUUGGGCAUGAUGACAACUUGACUUGAAAUAGCCGGUAAUUUAGUGUUAACAACUGAGUUGAAAACGUAAAUUAGCCACCGUAAAGGGUAAAAAAGGUGACGUUUCGAGCGUCAGCCCUUCGACUGAGCGAUUGGAGGAAUUGUAAGUUGUGUUGCGUUUAUAUGCAGAAAGUGGAGCUACGCCAUUGGUGGGAAUAUGGUGACGAGAAAACAGGAAUAAAUUAGUUGAAUGAAAAGCGCUCGUUGAUUCCGUGGGGAUUAAGGGUGCCAAUUUGGAAGAUAAAUUUUUGUUCUAGUGUUUUACGGCUUUUCGAACUGCCUAGAUGUAAGGAAAGGCCGCAAACUGCUAUAUACUGUUUAGAAUGAUUAGGAAAAUUAAAGUGUCUAGCGACUGGUUUGGAUGCGUCCUUGUCAUUUCUUUCCACGUCGCGAAGGUGUUCUCGGAAGCGGUCACCUAGUUUUUUUCAGAACACCUUCGCGACGUGGAAAGGCAGACGGAAUCAACGAGCGCUUUUCAUUCCUGUUUUCUCGUCACCAUAUUCCCACCAGUGGCGUAGCUCCACUUCCUGCAUAAAAACUCAUACACAACCCACAAUCGCUCUGACGAAGGGCUAACGCUCGAAACGUCAGCUUUUUUACCCUUUACGGUGGCUAAUUUACGUUUUCAACUCAGUUGUUAACACUAAAUUACCUACUAUACUCUCCCACCGACGCAUCACCAAAGUUUUUUUAGAAACUUACCACUUUAUUCAUUUGACUUGAAAUAAACGGUUGCGAACACGAGAUUGUUUUAUAUACACUACAGAUGUGUAGGUACUGGAAAUGUCGGUUAACAACAAAGUUAGUUUUAAAAUUGAUAUUUUGGAUCACACUAGUUCAUCUGAGUUAUGAGUCGUUGCUUUUCAAUUGAAAAGUAAGUUAUGAGCAAUAUUUAUUAAUUCGCGUGUGUUUUCUGAGAGAAGCUUUUUUUGUCCUUUGCAUAUUAAAUCACCAUUGUAUCUCUUGUAUAACGCGCACGUGUGUUAUCGUCUAAGCCUCAUUUAUGACCGUCAAUGUGAUUUUUUCCCGAAAAUUUUAGGUUUUGCCGUAGUUAACAACUCAGUCUUGUAAUAAUUAAUGGGUCUCGGCCUAUAGCCGGGUGUUUUCGAUUUAUUUUUGGUUCUCGUUAUGUCGAGUCUACACGUACAAAGUUUGGGGUCUCGGCUUAUCGCCGAAUAAAUACGGUAUAUAUUUUGCGUUAAAAUGUAAGGUUGCAGACAGAAGAUAACUUUUUUGAUGUGUAGAUUUACUUUAUAAGUGACUUUAAGACUGAAUGUUGAUUUAACAUCUACCUUUCACGUCAGUCCUAAUAGGCCAUUGUACAGUUGUGUACUCAGUUGCCAAGCCUUUGAUUUCGAGUGAGGCUGAAGGUGACCUUGUUGCGAUAGGGACCAGUAUCAGGUGAGCAUACUAACAAAGUAAUUUGUAUUUAAAAAGCAACAAUGUUUGUAUCAUAUCAAGGUCACCUUAAGCCACACCCCUUUUCAAAGGCUUGGCAAUCAAGUAUGCAACUGUAAAAAUAGACUAUUAUAUACCAAUGUUAUCAGAAAAAUGAUUUUUUUGUUUUUUUCACAUUUUUAACUUAACAUAAAAAAAGAUCAACAAAAAUAAUAGGAUUUUGUUGUCUUUAAGACUUCAGUCUCUCAGAGAAGUGGGAGAUAAGUCCAUGGAGGAAAAAGAUCAUAUUACAUGUAGCUAUGACCAUGGUAAUGCAAGUCCAGGUGAUCUCAAGAAAGUCAAAGAAUUCUUUAAUCCAGGAGACAUGCAUUGGGAGGGGAACACUAAUUGCAAUCUUGGCAAUGCUUAUGAAAGUCAGGGUGAUUUUAAAAGAGCCAUAGAGUACCACAGCCUAAAUCUUAAAAUAGCUGAAGAAGUAGGAGACAAGCAUGGGGAGGGUGUUGCUUAUGGCAAUCUUGGCAUAGCUCAUUACAAUGUAAGUGAUUUCAAAAAAGCCAAAGAGUACCACAAACUACAUCUUAAAAUAGCUAAAGAAGUAGGAGAUAAGCAUGGGGAGGGUGGUGCUUAUUGCAAUCUUGGCAAUGUUUAUGGCAACCAGGGUGAUUUCAAAAAAGCCAUAGACUAUCACAACCUACAUCUUAAAAUAGCUAAAGAAGUAGAAGACAAGCAUGGGGAGGGUGGUGCCUAUGGCAAUCUUGGCAAUGCUUAUCAGAGUCUUGGUGAUUUGAAAAAAGCCAUAGAAUACAUUAACCUACAACUUAAAAUAGCUAAAGAAGUAGGAGACAAGCGUGGGGAGGGUCUUGCUUAUGGCAAUCUUGGCACUGCUUAUUACAGUCUGGCUGAUUACAAAAAAGCCAUAAAGUACCACAACCUACAUCUUAAAAUAGCUAAAGAUAUAGGAGACAAGCAUGGGGAGGGUAACGGUUAUGGCAAUCUUGGCAGUUCUUAUUGCAGACUGGGUGAUUUCAAAAAAGCCAUGGAGUACUACAAUCUACAUCUUAAAAUAGCUAAAGAAGUAGGGGACAAGCAUGGGGAGGGUAUUGCUUAUGGCAAUCUUGGCAGUGCUUAUGACAGUCUGGGUGGUUUCAAAAAAGCCAUAGAGUACCAAAACCUACAUCUUAAAAUAGCUAAAGAAGUAGAAGACAGACGUGGGGAGGGUAUUAGUUAUGGCAAUCUUGGCAGUGCUUAUUACAGUCUGGGUGAUUUCAAAAAAGCCAUGGAGUACUGCAAUCUACAUCUUAAAAUAGCUAAAGAAGUAGGAGACAAGUAUGGAGAGGGUUGUGCCUAUGGCAACCUUGGCAAUGUGUACAGAAGUCUGGGAGAUUUGAUAAACGCCAUAGAGUACUACAACCUACAUCUUGAAAUAGCUCAAGAUGUAGGAGACAGACAUGGGGAGGGUGGUGCCUAUGGAAAUCUUGGCAAAGCUUAUAGCAGUCUGGGGGAUAACAAAAAAGCCAUAGAGUACUACAGCCUGCAUCUCAAAAUAGCUAAAGAAAUAGGAGACAAGCAAGGGGAGGGUAACGGUUAUGGUAAUCUUGGCUUUGCUUAUAUACGUCAGGGUGAUUACAAAAAAGCCAUAGAGUACCACAACCUACAUCUCAAAAUAGCUAAAGACGUAGGAGACAAGCAUGGGGAGGGUGGGGCUUAUGGCCAUCUUGGCGAUGCUUAUCGGGGUCUUGGUGAUUUCAAAAAAGCCAUAGAGUACCAGAACCUACAUCUUAAAAUAGCUCAAGAAAUAGGAGACAAGCAUGGGGAGGGUGUUGCUUAUGGCAAUCUUGGCAAUACUUAUUGGAGGGUGAGUGAUUUCAAGAAAGCUAUAGAGUACCAGAACCUGUACUUUAAAGUAGUGAAAGAACUAGGAGACAAGCAUAGGGAAGGUUACGCCUAUGGUAACCUUGGCAAUGUUCAUUUGAGUCUUGGUGAUUUCAAAAAAGCCUUAGACUACCACAACCUACAACUUAAAAUAGUUAAAGAGGUAGGAGACAAGCAUGGGGAGGGUGUUGCUUAUAGCAAUCUUGGCAAUGCUUAUUGCAGUGUGGGUGAUUUCAAAAAAGCCAUUAAGUACCACAACCUACAGCUUAAAAUAGCUAAAGAAAUAGGAAGCAAGCAUGGGGAGGGUGUUGGUUAUGGCAAUCUUGGCAAUGCUUAUCGGAGUCUUGGUGAUUUUAAAAAAGCCAAAGACUUCCUCAAUCUCAAUCUUAAAAUAGCUAAAGAAGUAGGAGACAAGCAUGGGGAAGGUGUUGCUUAUGGCAAUCUUGGGAAUGUUCAUUGGUGUCUGAGUGACUUCAAAACAGCCAUAGAGUAUUACAACCAACAUCUUAAAGUAGCUAAAGAAGUAGAAGACAGACGUGGGGAGGGUGGUGCUUAUUGCAAUCUUGGCAAUGCUUAUAGCAGUUUGGGUGAUUUCAAAAAAGCCAUAGAGUACCUUAACCUAAAUCUUAAAAUAGCUAAAGAAGUAGGAUGCAAGUAUGGGGAGGGUAUAACUUAUGGCAAUCUUUGCAAUACUUAUUACUGUAUGGGUGAUAACGAAAAAGCCAUAAAGUACCAAAACCUACAGCUUAAAAUAGCCAAAGAAGUAGGAGACAAGUAUCAGGAGGGUGACGCUUAUAAAAAUAUUGGCAAAGUGUAUCGGAAUCUGGGGGAUUUCCAAAAGGCCUUAGAGUACCACAACCUUCAUCUUGCAAUAGCUAAAGAAGUAGAAGACAAGAUUGGGGAGGGUGGUGCUUAUGGCAAUCUUGGCGAUGUGUAUGGAAAUCUGGGAGAUCUGAUAAACGCCAACAAGUCAUACAACCUAAUGCUCGAAAUUGCCAAAGAGGCCGAGGACAAAUACUUGGAGGCAUCGGCGUUCUAUUCAUUAGGACGCGUUUUUGAGUCAUUGGGUCGACUGCCAAAAGCCGUUGAACAUUAUCAAGCUAGCAUAACCUUAUACAAUUCCUUGAGAGUGCUGCUAAAAUCUAAAGAUGAGUGGAAAGUUAACUUUCGAAAUCAGUAUCAAGGUGCGUAUACGAGUUUGUGGAGAGUUCUGGUAAAGCAAGGUAAUAUAAAUGAAGCCUUACUUGCUGCUGAGAAAGGACGAGCUCAAGCUCUGACAGACCUCAUGGAAUCCCGCUUUUGUGAUGGAACAAUUCAGCACAAGGAAGGCGACGGAGAUUUAUCAGUUUUAGAAAGUGUUCCAUCAAACACUGUCUUUCAGGCAGUGGACAAAAGUGAACUCAAUCUUUGGGUUGUAUCCGAAGGAAAACAAGUUCAGUUACGACAAAGUAAACUCAAUGGCUCUGUUUCAGAGAAUAGUGGAGUUAGCCAGUCCUUUGAGUCGCUCAUGCUCUGUGUCUAUACACAACUUGGUGUUCGUUCUAAUGUGAAAUGCGAGAAUCGAUCUUUGGAUGCUUUGAGGGAGAGCCAUUCAAAAGUGGAUGUGAUGAAUAAAGAAGACAACCCUCAACCUCCCAUCCAACAAAAUGAAUGCUUGAGCACUUUAUAUGAUACCGUUAUGAAGCCGGUAGCAGACCUGAUUCAAGGGGAUGAACUAGUCAUUAUUCCCGAUGGACCCCUGUGGCUCGCUCCUUACGCUGCAUUCAAGGAUGGUAAUUCUAAAUACAUAUGUGAAUCGUUCAGAAUUCGACUCGCUCCAUCGUUAACAAGUCUUAGACUUAUUGCCGAUUGCCCAGAUGAUUAUCACAAAAGCAGUGGUGCGUUACUUGUUGGAGAUCCGUGGGUAACCGAGGUUACUAACAGCAAGGGAGAGAAACUCUUCGAGCAGCUUCCGUUUGCAAAAGAAGAAGUAGAAAUAAUCGGAAAAAUUCUGAAUAUCGCGCCAAUCACUGGCAGAGAGGCCACGAAACGUGAGGUGUUGAAAAGACUCGGCUCUGUUUCUUUAGUUCACUUUGCGGCACACGGAUGUAUGGAAACUGGCGAAAUUGCUCUGACACCUAACCCAGACCGGAUAUCUACUGUGCCAACCGAGGAGGACUACAUUUUAACAAUUGGAGAUGUGUUGACUGCUCAACUUCGCGCCAAACUUGUUGUGCUUAGUUGCUGCCACAGUGGUCGGGGCGAGAUCAAGGCUGAAGGUGUGUAUGGCAUUGCGCGUGCUUUUAUGGGGGCUGGUGCUCGGUCUGUUGUGGUGUCCCUGUGGGCGAUUGAUGACGAGGCUACUCUCGAGUUCAUGAAAUGCUUUUAUCAACACCUUGCAGAAGGUAAACCUACAAGCGAGUCACUGAACCUGGCCAUGAAAAGCCUCAGAGAAUCAGACAAGUUCCGCGACAUCAAAUACUGGGCGCCCUUUUUGCUGAUUGGAGAUGACGUCACUCUGGACUUCAUGGCAAAGGAAAGAAAAAUUUGA